AUGGAGGACCUACCGGAGGCUCUGGUGAUAGAGACUCUCAAGAGGAUCACCAAGACAAGUGAUCUCAAUUCUCUUUCCCUUGUGUCAAAGGAGCUCUUCAAGAUAGAGGGGAAUCAGAGAGGUGCUAUCCGUGUUGGUUCCGGUCUUUGCACUGCUACAAAAGCACUGGCAUCAUUGUGCGCCCGGUUCCCAAAUCUGCGGAAAGUGGAAAUUGAUUACUCUGGUUGGAUACCUGGACAUGGAAAGCAGCUGGACAACGAAGGCCUUCUUGUGUUCUCAUCUCGCUGUUCCUCGCUGAUUGACCUCACCUUGAGCUUCUGCACACGCAUCGAUGACUCUGGGCUUGCUUGUUUAGCUCAUUGCAAGACAUUGGUGUCUCUCAGGCUCAACUCGGCACCAAAAGUAACGUCAGUUGGCCUUUUCUCGGUUGCAGUUGGCUGCACAAAUCUAUAUGCUCUCCACCUUUUGACUGUGAGAAAAUCGACAGUGUAG